UAUCCAAUAUUGAACUUAUUCCGGCUGCGAUAAGCUGCCGCAGAUAAGCGCCUGAUUAAUUGAUUUUUUUUUAAUUAAUUAAAAAAUAGCAAAAACCCGUUGUCCAUAAAAGUCUCGCAUUGCCAGCUGCGUUCCAACAGUCAACGCCAAACAACCAAUAUGAAACUACUCCACUUGCUGCUCAGCCUGUGCCUGGCCUUUCUGCUGUGCUCCGUGCCGCUGAUCCAGGCCCAAUCGGUGCCCACCAUUGCGACGGCGGCGCCCACGCCCCCAAAUGGUGCGCCCGGCGCCGAUUCCGGUGAGGAUGCGCCACCUAUGCCAUCCAUGCUGACCACAGUAAAUGUGCCCACAAUAGACACAACCUACGGCGAUUACGCUGGAUCAGCUUGAA